UGGUGUUCUGCAUAUGGAAAUGUCUCAUUUUCCCAGUUCUUAACGUGGCCAGCUGACUCUGUGGUCUGGCGGAAGCCCUUGGAGUUCCGUAGUGACUUCAUAGAGGAGCUCCUUGGGACCCAGGGACAGCGCCGAGAUGUCUCAGUUGAGAUGGAAGUCAAAAACCGAUUUACCUCUGUCAAACAAAGCCAGCAAGGUUACCUGGGAAGAACUUGGUUCAGGGUCAAGACCAGUGUCUUCCGAGGACUUAAGAGAGAACCCUGAGUCUCAAAAGAUCACCAUCCCAGGUGGAUUCCACAAGAACGAGGAGCUUCUUAGCUCCCCAGUAUCAUCCGUCACCCUCAGCCAACAUGAGUCUCAACUGUUUACCCCGCUACACAUGGCCAAGGUGAAGAAGAUGUUUGAGGAUGACAUUGCCUCGGCGGGAGCCAUGGACAUGAAGGCAUUCGUGAAGGCCAUGAAGAAGAUUCUGAGCAAUAUGUCAGAUGAGAUCCUAGAGGUGCUGUUUCUGAAGGUGGACACAGACUGUAAUGGCUCCAUCACCUGGCAGAAGUAUGUGGAUUACAUGAUGCGGGAGUUCCAGAGAAAGGAAAAGAUGCAAGCAAGCCAGUACCGCCUGCGCUUCCACCUUCCCAUGAGGAUCAUCCCCCUGAACCAUGGAUGUGAGAUUGUGAAGGUGCAGUUUUUAAUGCAGCGGUUCAAGAGGACAGGGCAUCUUCUGACUGUCACCAAGGAUGGGAUCUUGCAGAUCUGGUCUGAGGGCUACUCGCUGCUUAACUCCUUUAGGCUUAACCAGAUCCAGAAGCUCUAUAACCUGGAGAUGUGGGUCAUCGACAUGGUGUGUCUCUACAACUUGAACCUGAUCGCGGUUGCAUCUACUGAUCAGAAGAUAGAGUUCUUUGAUAUUAGCAACCAUAGCUGUGUCCGGGCCUUCACCUUCGUUGAUCUGGACAGCUGUGUCCUGGCCAUGGACUACUGGUCUGACUAUCACAGAGGUGUGUUCUGCUACGGGGACACCAAAGGCAACAUCAUCAUCUUCACCUCUGACAAUGUGACCCACGGGUUGUUCAACCCCCGAAUCCUUCCCAGGACCUCCAAAUGGGAUCAAUGGACCAAAGUUUCAGCACGGAAGCUACUAAAUGAAAAGUCACCCUUGUACAGGAGUUACCAGCUGAAGGCUCUCCAUCCCAACUGGUGCCAACAGAUCAAGUUCAUCCCCCAGCUGAACAUGGUGGCCUCUUGCUCGGCCAUUGAGAAGUCCUCUCUGGUGCUGACUGUGUUGCCAUCCAAAGCCCAAGAGAACCCCAAGUUUUCGGUGCUGAGCUUGAGAAAAGGGAUUCUUUGCUUUGAUUACUGCCCAGACAAGAACUUAAUGGUGACCGGUGGCUAUGACCCCCUCAUCCGCCUGUGGAACCCCUUCUUCUUAAAAAAACCUGUGUGGCUGAUGAGGGGACAUCAGACUUCCGUGACGCACAUCCUCGUGAACAGCAAGAACAGCAACAUCCUCCUCAGCGUCUCCAAGGACAAGAACAUCCGUGUGUGGGACAUGCUGGAAUACAUAUGCCUCCAGUCCUUCUGCGGGAAGCUUUUUGCCCUGGGGCACUGUCCCAUCACCAGCAUCUACUUCCACAAGAAUGAAGACAGUCUCAUCUGUAGCACCUAUUCAAUUGGGAUCCUCAAAGGGUACUUGGAGACUGAGAGGCCUGGGAAAGCAGGGGAGAAGAGCACAACCUACAGCUUACCCCUGUGCGCUGUCCUCUACAGCAAGAUUUUUAAGCAGGUGGUGAGCGGCUGCCUGAGCAGCCUGGUGAGUGUGUGGGAGGUGGCGACAGGCCGGCGGACCAUGCAGUUCUCCGCGACAGGCGACCAGCAGAUGGAGAUGACCACCAUGUGCCUGGACGAGUCUGAGCGCUGCCUGCUCACAGGUUUGCGUGACGGAAGCAUAAAGAUGUGGAACUACACCAUUGGUGAAUGCCUGCUGGUCUUCCCCAACCCGGACCAUCUGGAGAUUAGUGGGAUUGUCCACAUGAACAGAGCAUUCUACGUGACCGGGUGGAGUAAGAGAAUCACUUGUUUCAUGCCCCACAAGACCAAGCGGGUGCUCACGUGCUACCACUGGCAGAACUUCCACAAGGAGGACGUUCUGAGCAUGGCCAAGUACCAGAACCAGUUCCUGGGGACCUCUUCCUACAACGGGGACAUCCUCUUCUGGAACGUCAACCUGUUCAAGCCCAUUCUCAAUUUCAACGCCUCUCUGAGCCCCUUGCCUCUGCUGCCCAAGAAGGUGCAAGAGGUGGACAACUUCCUGGCCAAGGGCCUCCAGUCCAGCAAGUCCUGCAUGGAGCACCAGCAGUGGGCAUACAAGCCGCCAGCAUACAAGCCCCCAGGCCCCAGAGCCAAGGCCGCAACCAGUACCAACCUGCAGCGGAACCUCAUGUCAGCCCCCCCAGUGAUGAAGCGCCCCAGAGACAAGCAGCCAGAGAGGCCCAUGCCCCCACAGAAACCUGUCCACUCUGGAAGCCCCAAGAUGUUAAGAACACCCCACGGCAAACAGUCAAUCAUCAGAGAUGCUCAAAGAGGGGAAUUCCAGAAGAAGAUACUGCUGCAGUCCAAUGCAUCGGUGGAGAAGAUCAUCUUCCUGCAGACCCGGCCUCGGCAGCCCCACAUAGCCGCCCUGCUGAGCAGCUGCAUCGAUGGCCUUAUCUAUGCCUGGUCCACACAUGGGGCUGGCGGCCUGCUGGGGAAGUUCCCUGUGGACUGCCUGAGCGAGGGGGAUGUGGUUGUGGGUGCCAUGGCCACGGACGAGAAGGACUGGAUCCUUGUCACAGGGGACUGCACAGGAUACAUCAAGAUCUGGGACAUCAAGGAUUAUUGCAUGUUCGCUGAUAAGUGGUCACCUCAACCCAGCAGAACAAACAAGUUCCAGUUCUUAAUUCCUGAACAGGUCCAGGUCAACCUCCCACACCACAUCCUCUUGGAGGAGAAGGAGGUUGUGGCUGGCCAGACCAUUUCCCUGGUUCCCCCCAAGCUUCUGAAUGCCUGGAAGGGCCAUUUGGAUAGUGUGGCCGACAUCCUGUAUGUGGAUAGCUUCCAGCUGGUUGUCAGUGGUGGCCAGGACGGUGACGUCAAGGCUUGGAAACUCUCCGGUGACACCAUUGGGACGUUUGGCCUGAGUGUUUGGAAAAGGCUGCAGGAUAUUCAGAUGGUUGGUGAUCUUGAAGUGAGAAAAAGCUUGAAGGAGGAGGCUGGCUCUGCAGAAGCUGCCCAGAAGGCCUUCCGUCCAGAGCUGGAGGAGGAGAGGGCUCUGGCCGAGGCCCUAGUAUACCAGCGGCGGGAACAGGUGGCUCUCAUGGCUCUCCUGAAUGGGAAGGCCACCAGAGAGGCUGAGGCGUGGGCUAAGCUGCAGAAGAUCACCCAGACGUCCCCAUGGGCCAGAGAGCGCUCCCUGGAAGACAUCGAACGCAGCUGGCUCAAGUGGGAGUCCAAGGGCAAGCAGAUAAGCAAAGUUGUGGGAGCAGCGUACAAGCCCAAGGUUCGGUCCCGGAGCCCCCGACUCCUGUCCACUGAAGUGCAGUACGGCUGGAUGAAGCACCAGAUUUCACCUCAGAUCUACCAAAGCCUGCACUUCAACAACCUGUCGCCCACCCACACACCUGACCUCGGGCUGCAUGACAUUCUCGAGCACCAGGGCCCGCACAUGCACCUGGCGGCCCCCUGCAGCCACAAGGACCCGGAUCCUGAUAAGAACACCAGCUCUUCUGCCACCUCCCUCUCCCCCAGCGCCACCCUCUCCGUGACGGCCUCAGGCUCUGACUUCCUGGAGUUGGCCUUGUCCAGCUCCCCCUACCUCCUGUCCUCUCCCUUGGUCCUGUCCCAGGCAAACAGGUAUGUCAUGCAGAGGUCGGUGACUCCCAUGCCUGUUGCCUCAUCCAUCGAACUGCUCUCAAGACCUCUCAAGACCACCCUUCGUUCCUCCAUGAAGAAGAGGUACCACAUCCAGUUCUAAGGUGGCCCACCCUUUCUCCAGCCCCCCAGCACAAGGCUCAGGCCCACGGGCAUCCUGUCUGUCCCUGGCUUAUUACCCCUGCCAGACCCAGAGGUAGAGAUCUUUUCCUAUUGACCUCCUCCUUCACCAGAGUCCUGGAGAAGAAAAUAAAUAUUUGCAGAUAUUGGAGUCCCAUAGGCCAGGAGGCUGGGCUGUGUGUCUCUUGCCCCCUUAGUGUGUCUGUGUUCUGCCUGACAAGGCCCUGGAUGGAUGCAGAGGAGAGUUCCCUUGCCCAGGACACCUGGCGCAGCCUUCUGGCAGGCAAAGCAUAGGGCCGGGGCCUCAGAGGCUCCCUGGUGGUGCUGCGGGUAGGUCAUGCUGCUGGGGUAAGCUGUCUGCUUCUGAUACUUGGUUCGGCCUCAUGGCUAGAGUGAGGUCCAGCAGCCCUUGGGAGGCCGUGGCAGCUGUGUGUCUAUCCUCCUCAGCCGUCAGGCACUCGCCAUAGGGAACUCCACAUUUACAAACGGUUCUGCCUCUCCUGCAAGGGGGUCCCCAAAGCAUGGUGGAGUGCACCUCGGCCUGGCUCUCACUGCUGCUUUGGAUCCAGAUUUUUCUGAGCCAAAGCCCCUUGAUCCUUCUCUUGUGUGCUGCUCUGGGCAGUGUCUGGGGUGGAGAACUCAGCGUGGAUUGU